UUGACAAUUCCAGUAAAGUGCGGUAAAUUUAUUCUGUCUGUUUAAAGCGUUCAUUAACACAUGCGAUUUGUACAGUUUGAUAUAUUCAACUCGAUCAAAAAUAUGAACUCAUCGUUAGUCGUUCGUUAAGUAAAUAAGCUCUCACGAAUAUGCCUCUAAAAAAUAUAAAAGUAUUAGAAUUAGCUGGAUUAGCACCGGGGCCCUUUUGUGGAAUGAUAUUAUUAGAAUUUGGUGCAUCAGUUAUUAAAGUAGAUAAGACUGUUGGAUCACAUGCUCACCCUGAUGCUCUUAGCCAUGGAAAGAGAUCAAUUGCAUUGAAUUUAAAAACUGCAGAGGGUACUAAAAUAUUUAAACAGUUGAGCGAUCAAAGUGAUGUACUUAUAGAUCCAUAUAGACCUGGGGUGAUGGAAAAAAUGACUUUGGGGCCACACAAUCUUAUGAAAACAAAUAAGGGACUUGUAUAUGCUAGAUUAACAGGAUUUGGCCAAAAGGGACCUUAUGCACAUAUGGCUGGCCAUGAUAUUAAUUAUUUAGGUUUAUCUGGUUUAUUAUCUCUCUUUGGCCGUUACAAUGAAAAACCAAUACCACCAGUUAAUUUGGCUGCUGAUUUUGGUGGUGGUGGAUUAAUGUGUGCCUUUGGAAUAAUGUUAGCAUUGUUUGAACGUAAUAAAAGCAAGUUAGGUCAAGUGGUUGAUACAUCAAUGGUAGAUGGAAGUGCUUAUUUAGGUAGUUGGUUAUAUAGAACUCAAAAAUCACCUUUAUUGUGGGGAAAUCCACGUGGUAAGAAUAUUUUAGAUACAGGAUCACAUUUUUAUGAUACUUAUGAAACAAAAGAUAAACAAUAUAUGUGUGUUGGAGCACUGGAGCCACAAUUCUAUGAGGAAUUUUUAGAAAAACUUGGCCUUUCGAUCGACGAAUUUCCGCAAUUUGAUCAAUUUGAAGAAAGUCGUUUAAAAUUAGAAAAUAUAUUCAAACAGAAAACUCAGGCUGAGUGGUGUGCUAUAUUUGACAAUACAAAUGCUUGCGUAACACCUCUCCUAAAUUUAAACAAUGUUUCAAAUCAUGUGCACAACAAAGAACGAAAUACAUUUAUAUCUGGGGAAGAUGAUUUAAUAAUGCCAAAACCAGCUCCUCAGUUGUCUCGUACUUCUGGUAAAUCAAAGGGGCGCGAAACGAUUCCUGACGCUGGCGAGCAUACAAUAGAAAUUCUCGCGGAAUUGAAUUUCACAUCAGAAGAAAUUGCUAACUUAAUAUCAACUGGAAUUGUUACUCAGGGAAUGAAAUCCUCUAAACUUUAAACACACGUUACUUACUAACUUUUGUUGUAAUUAUUUUUGUACUUUUUAACACGAAAGUGUUUUAUAGAUCGGCGGGAUUUUGGUGAAAAGUGUGACGAA